CCUCCGCGCGUUCUUCUGGCUGCUCGGGGGUUAGCGAGACAAACUGAAAUGCUUGGAUAUAUCUCUGUGUGACACUGGUGUUCCUGUGGCUGCUGCACGGCUGAGGCCGUGCUGGCAGCAAAGAGCCUCGCAAGUUGUAGGUUCAGGAGUAAAAAUGGAACAGAGAGUACUCCUGUUACUCCAGCACUGAACUUGAGGGUUUCCUCAUGAACCUCUAACAGAGGUGCCCGCUUCUAGUGUAAGUCAGCCUUGUGUUCUCAGGUAUGGUUCCAUAUCCACAGUAGGUGAGGUAGAUCUGCAGGCAUGCUGGCCCAGCAUCCCUCCCCAGGGACCCUCUCCCUGAGCUGCUACCACUGUCCAAGCUCAGGACCUGGCCUAAGCACCAGUCACUUGAUCAUAUCUUAGCGUGGGCUGUUCUCACAGCAGCACUUCACAGCAAUCCAGCAAGCUGUGGUUAAGGUGAGGCAAGCAUUAGGAGGUGUGGAGGAACAGGUGAGCAACAGCAGCUGCUUGUUGUUGAAUGUGCAUUGUUAUGUUCGAGUCACUGGGUUCAUCACCUAGCUGUGGUUUAGCAAAUGAUAGUAACCUCAGGUGUAUCAGCUUAUCUUUAUUCUGUACUGUACAAUCUUUGUGUUAUGCAGCCUUAAGGCAUGCAUUAGCGUGUUGAGUUUGUGCCACUCUGCAGUUGUGCAAAGCAGAAUCACGUCUGUGUAGCUUGCUGUGCUGUAGGCAGAUAGUGUGGAAAGCAGUAAGUUUGUUUUCAUAUUUUUUUUCUUCCAAUUUCUGGUUAUUAGAAAGUGGACUCAUGCUUACACGGUCCAGCUGACAGCUGGGCAGUUAUCGCUAACUUGCCUUCUAUGUGUUUUGACUCUCAUGUAUAAAGUCACAGCCUGAAGGUAUGUUACUGUCUUAAAAACUCGUGUAGACAGAAAUCGAGGAGGAUGACAGGCCUCAAUGGUAGCAAUGAAAUCAGGAUAAAGAAAAUUACUUCUGUGUUAACAAGAUGUUACUGAGAUAUAGUUCGGCAGAAGAUGCUUUUUUCAACUUUGUUUUUGAGGACUACUUGCGAGCAAAACCCAACUUCUGUAGCACACGCUGAGUUUGUCUUUCACUGCAGACAGUGCAAGUAUUGGGCACAUUGCCCUAAUCUCCCUAAAACUGUUGUGGGGAGGAAAUAUGAUGGCUUUAUACUCACUAGCAGACAACCUUAGUCUUGAUUGUAUUAUUAUCAGGGUUCUAUCACACAGCAUGUGCUGUAAGACUCCUUGAGAGAGCAUUGGUGAUCCUUUAGGAUGCUUGUAACCUGCUGUAGACUCCAGUGGUGCCAGAUGAAACUGCAGGGAGCUGUUGUGUGGCUGCCUGCCUCCUGCUGCCAGUCAAGAGUGCUAAGGAGAGGGGCUGACAGAACGGUGUGGUGGCACUUGAUCAGAGUGAAGCUGAGCAACUGCAGCUUCCACUGCUGCUCUGUACUCUGACUACAGAAAUGGAGAGGUCAAAGCGUUGGCUCUGUUGCCUCUGAGACAGCCAGCUUCUUGCUUGCGGUGUUAGGGGAGCCAGGGUCUCUGCUGAACUGAUGUUGGCUUUCUGAGGUCUGUUUUCUGGGGGCUUUGUUUUCUACGAGCAUGAAGAUUUUGUUUGAACUUUUUUUUGAAAAGAAAGAUGCAGAUAUACUGCAGAAUAAGACUCACUUAAAAAAAAAUCUUUCUAAACAUCUCUUUGAAGCCGUGUUUGCAGGUAAGUGUCCUUUGCCCCUUAAUUGCCAUUCUGCCUCAUCUACUUUAAAACUCCCUGUUAAUGCUUGGCAUCUCAUGGCUGUGGAAAAUACAAAACAUCAAACUGCCUCAUUAUCCAUCAUUAAACCUCUCUUUAUGAUCCUUGCCUUAAUGCCUGUCUCACAUUCUCCUGAGGUUUUCUUCCUUCUCUCCCCAACAACGAUGCAUGGUUAACCAUGUGUUCUCAGAGAAAAGUCACUAGAUUUUUUUUUCUGUGUGCAGCAAAUGCAAACUUUUAAUUACUGUAUAUUAGCAGAGGUAUCAGGCACUACAUGAGACAACUGGAUUGUGCUGCUAGAAGGAUAUUUGUGCUAUCAAGAGUUUAAAAAUUUUCUUUGAGAAUAAGACAAAACCUACUCCGUUGCUUCCCACCUUUCCUGCUGAAAGCUGUCUUGUGUGCUGUGCAGUGCCUCUGCUCUGCUGUUUGCAUUCCUCUAGCUGACAGCUGUUGCUUAAAUUUCACUUUGCAGCUUAAUGUGGACAUUCGGAUCAGACAAGUGGAAUGAGUGGCUCUUGGCUAGGCACAGUUCCAUCACUUUGUGCUGCGUGGGCGUGUGUGUGCAGAGUAACAGCAUCUCAUGCAGAUCUGCAUAUGUGGAUACACAUCCAUUAGUACUUACGUGUGAUAAUUCAAGUUUUUUUGCCAUCUGUUUCAUCCCUGAAUGGGACAGGUUGAUGUUCUGCAGGCUGAAUGCCUGUCUGGGCUGGGAAAAUGAUGCAAGCAAGAAGAGCUGGAAGAGGGAAGUUGAAGGAGCAAAAACCUGUAAAGAGUAUAUGAAAGUGUUUGGAGGGAGAUCCCCCCAGAAGAAAAGCUGUUGAGAGCAAGGGUGAGCAACACAUGAUGGUUUUAUUUGGAAGUACAUGCAAGUUAGAUGGCAUCUGACUUGUCUUGCUUAAAGAAGUUGGACAUAACUAUUUCUUCAUUGUUUGAGUCUUGCUGCUGUCAGUGUUAGGCCAUAAAGCGCACUGUGCAUCUUCAGUUGUUGUCUUUGUGCUGAGAGGGACUAAUUUUAAAGACGUGAAUUUUACUAUAUUUGGUACUGAAUUAUAUGAGACACUAUGAAACGUGUAGCGUACUGCUUGCAAGUAGUCCUGCAGGUAGUCUUCCUGACUUCAUUCUGUUGUGGCUUUUCUUUUGUUUCCUGCAUAAUGUUGCUUUCUCAGUCUUUUACCUUCUUUUGGUCUGUUUUCUUUUCCUAUUUUUACUUUUGAUUUACUCUUUUUAAAUUAUACCUUGUAAAUUGAGAAUGGAAAUGAACAUUUUCUGCUCAGCACUUCUUAAUGCAGGCAGCAAAGCAUCCUUUCUCUGAAGGUGCUGGAAGAGAAGUCAGAGGGUUUUUGGCAAAGUGACUCGCAAGGUGUUACUUCUGAGGAGAAGAUCUCUAAAGUUUUCUGCUUUUUCUUGAUAAAAACCCAGACUGUAAAAACAACUCCUCAUCCUUUUGAAUAAUUCUUCUCAAGGACCUAGCUACAGUGUUAAUGUCUUGCUGCAGUUCAUGGCUUUUGUUUUUUCCAGACAGGAGCAGCACAGUGCUGGGAUCAGUGACACUGCACCAGAGCCUACAGAAUUUCAGGCUGGUGGAGUAUAUGUUAGUAAAAUUUGACCAUGAGAAUAAGAAAGUACGCUUAGUGCUGAGUGGUGAAGAAGUUCUUCAGACGCUGCAAGACAAGGGGGAGAAGAUAAACCCCAACCACCCAACACUCUGGCGACCAGAAUACGGAAGCUAUAUGAUUGAAGGCACACCUGGGCAGCCAUACGGGGGAACCAUGUCUGAAUUCAACACUGUUCAAGACAACAUGAGGAAAAGGAGGCAAGAGGCCGCUUCUGUGCUGAAAGAAAAUGAGGCUAUUUGCACUGUGACAUCUUUUCCAAGGUUAGGGUGUCCUGGAUUUACGCUGCCAGAAUAUAAGCCAACACCAGUAGAAGGAGGAGCUUCAAAAUCCCUCUUCUUUCCAGAUGAAGCCAUCAAUAAACAUCCUAGAUUUAGUACGCUGACCAGAAACAUUCGGCACCGAAGAGGAGAGAAGGUUGUCAUAAAUGUACCGAUCUUUAAAGAUAAGAAUACACCAUCACCGUUUAUAGAAACAUUUCCUAAUGAUGAUGGAGAAGCAGCAAAAGCAGCGAAACCAGACUUUAUAUAUAUGGACGCUAUGGGGUUUGGAAUGGGCAACUGCUGUCUUCAGGUAACAUUCCAGGCUUGCAGCAUUUCUGAAGCAAGAUAUCUCUAUGAUCAACUAGCUACAAUCUGUCCCAUUGUGAUGGCCUUGAGUGCUGCAUCUCCAUUCUACAGAGGCUAUGUGUCCGAUAUUGAUUGUCGCUGGGGAGUCAUAUCUGCAUCUGUGGAUGAUCGAACGCGAGAAGAGAGGGGGCUGGAGCCACUGAAGAACAACCAUUAUAGAAUCAGUAAAUCCAGAUAUGAUUCCAUAGACAGUUAUCUAUCUGAAUGUGGUGAGAAAUACAAUGACAUUGAUUUGACAAUAGACAAAGAUAUCUACGAGCACCUAAUAAAGGAAGGUAUUGACCACCUUUUGGCACAGCAUAUUGCACACUUGUUUAUUCGAGACCCAUUGACUUUGUUUGAGGAGAAAAUACAUCUAGAUGAUGCAAAUGAAUCCGACCAUUUUGAGAACAUUCAGUCUACAAACUGGCAGACAAUGAGAUUUAAACCACCCCCUCCAAAUUCAGAUAUAGGAUGGAGAGUGGAAUUCAGGCCUAUGGAGGUCCAGUUAACAGACUUUGAAAACUCUGCGUAUGUUGUGUUUGUGGUACUGCUAACUCGAGUGAUUCUGUCAUACAAACUGGAUUUUCUCAUUCCUUUGUCUAAGGUGGAUGAAAAUAUGAAGAUGGCCCAGAAAAGAGAUGCUGUUCGGCAGGGAAUGUUUUACUUCAGAAAGGAUAUUUGCAAAGGUGGAAAUGUCGUGGAUGGAUGUGGCUCUGCACAAAAUGGGACGGGCACAGACACGGAAGAGUACACCUUAAUGAGCAUUGAUACAAUUAUAAACGGGAAGGAAGGAGUCUUCCCUGGUUUGAUCCCAAUUUUGAAUUCUUACCUUGAAAACAUGGAGGUGGAUGUGGACACAAGAUGCACCAUCCUAAACUACCUGAAGUUAAUAAAAAAGAGAGCAUCUGGAGAACUAAUGACAGUCGCCCGGUGGAUGAGGGAAUUCAUCGCACAGCACCCAGACUACAAGCAGGAUAGUGUGAUAACAGAUGAAAUGAAUUACAGCCUUAUUUGGAAAUGCAACCAAAUCGCGCUAGGCCAAGCAGAAUGUCCAGAACUGUUGGGGGUAGGAUUUAACAAGAAACCAAGUGGAAACAAAACUGACCCUUUGUAAUGAAUGUUUGUUAAAUAAUAGAAAGUUUUAAGUCUUUUAGCUAAGCACUAGCAAAGGUACUGUGAAUCUGAUACAGUUUCAUGGUGUGAAGACCAAAACAGGGAUACUGCACUCUGAAAUGGGCCAAUGCCUAAAUAUUCGUUUAAGGCAUCCUAAAGUGGGCAUAUUCUUAUUGUUAAGGUUUAUACAAUGUACAUGUAAAUAGUAAAAUAUUUUUAUGAUUAACAUCAAUGUAUUUUAAUAAGCAUUGUAUCUAAAGUUAUUGUGAAUUAGCUCAUUAACUUUUUUAUGCUUAGAAAAGGAAAAUUGUCCUGAACAACUUUGUAAAUGUAAUGGUACUUGUAUAUUAUAUGCAUUCCAGUUACUGAAUGUUUACUGUAAUUUUUUAACCUGGAAUGUGCUGAGUAAUCUACCUUAUUGUGUAAGAAAGGAAAAAAAAAACCUUAACCUACCUGACUCCCAGACUUCUUCCUUCCAUUUUGGUUUUGAAAGUACUAAAGAACAGAAAAAUGCAUGUGCAUCCCAUUUGUUAAUCUCUACAGCAGUUCUCAGUUGCUGCAAUUCUACAUCUGGGUGCACAGUGUAGAAUUGGAGGAACAGAGCUAUCUCUAGUCAGAUAACACAACUCCCUGUCUCCUGGUAACUGCAGUUUUACACAAGUGCUGCCAUGUUCUUUCAUAACCUGCAUUUCCUACAACAAGAACUCCAUCUUUUCCCAGAACUUUUUUUUUUCCUAGCAUGGUUCAGAACUUUGCCCCACUUUUUAUGAUCUGACAGAACAGCAGAAAGAGGGAAGAGCUGAUGUAAGAGAGGAGGAAGUGGGAGCUGAACAGAAAUCUGUCCUUAUGCAGGAAUCAGGUGACUGCUCUGGGCUCUGGCACUCCUUCACUGCUGGGAGAGCCUGCAUUGCUGCUGCUCCCACAGUCAGUAACAACUGCAGCACAAAACCAAGGACCUUUUUGUUCCUCCUAAUGGUUGAGUUCCUCAUUCCUCAUUCACUAUUAAAAAUAUUUCUGGCAGCAUGUUUAUGCUUCAUACAGGUAGCUGAGGUACCUACAGAGCUGUAAGUAUGGGCAGCUUUACCUCCUCUAUAAAGUAAUGCAAGGAGAUGAUGGAGCAUGUGAGUCCUUUGAACUGGGAGCAGUGCUGGCAGUGACUGUAAGAUACAUAAAAUUUAGCCAUUGCAACUGUAAAUAAAGCAAACUUACGGGGCCUUUUAAUUUAGCUUCUUAACUGAUUCCUAAAAGUGCAUUGCAUUAUGGAUGCAUUAUGCAAAGCUUAAUGCAAGAGCAUAUAAAUAUCUGAGGUGUAAUGAUCUUUACCAAGGACUAAUGGAGAAACUGCAUUGAAAAGGUGCACUAAAGAGAGGCUUUUAUGUACUGACAUUAGAAUUUGUUCUGUGUUCACAGGUGUGCUUUAGAGAAUAAAAAGAAUGCUUUUUGUGUGGUGGUGAACUUGUUUUAAUCAAGGUGUAGGCGUAUGCUAAUUAAGUUUGUGUAAUAAGGAAAUAAAAUAAAAUUUGCAGUAUGUGUUUGUCA